AAAAAAAAAAGUCGAGCCUUAUCAACUUCAAGACUUUCCAUAUACAACAACAACAAUAACCAGCCUUAUAGAUCUUCCGAAUAGCCAACAAACACCAUGGUUCGGAAGCUCAAGCACCACGAGCAGCGUCUGCUCAGAAAGACGGACUUUAUUACCUGGAAACAGGAUAAUGACCACAGAGAUGCGGCUGUUAUACGGCGGUAUAUGAUCCAAAAACCCGAAGAUUACCACAGAUACAACAGGAUAUGCGGUUCUCUGCGCCAACUAGCCCAUCGCCUCAGCUUGCUACCGCCGGACAACGCCGUCAGGAGGAAACACGAGGAGCUUCUCCUAAACAAGCUCUACGACAUGGGGAUCCUGUCGUCGGCCUCGAAGCUCUCGAACGUCGAGCACGGCGUCACCGUCUCGGCCAUGGCGCGCAGGAGGUUGCCCGUGGUGAUGACGCGCCUGAGAAUGGCGGAGACGGUGCAGGCGGCUACGAAGCUCAUCGAGCAGGGCCACGUACGGGUGGGCGUCGAGACUAUCACCGACCCUGCGUUCUUCGUCACCAGGAACCUCGAGGACUUUGUAACAUGGGCCGUCGGCAGCAAGAUCAAGCGCAAUAUCAUGAAGUACCGCGACAAGUUGGACGACUUCGAGUUGUUGUAAUUCGAGGGCAAGAAAAAAAAGUGGAUGCAUUUAUUUAUAUUCUUUUUGGUCACGGCGCGGCGUCUGGGGGUAAACUAAGGAAAUAGACAUUGGUAGUCUUUAUGUCAAGGCAUGAUGGGGUUCAGAGUUGAGCUUUUCGCAAAAGCUUAGGUACUAUUUAUACCAUUUAUUUUUGCCUACAGUCUGGUCUACCUGUUAGUUACCUCUAUUAGUGGUAACCAAACAAUGCCCCCUUCUACCUGGUAUUAACAACAAAUCUUCUGCCCGUCAUACUCGGUUAAGAGAACCUAGGGCCCUCCGCAUUUGCUACCUAUUGAUACCACUAACAAUAACAAUGCAGUAGAG